AUGGGCGAUGCUUAUGUGGAUGGAUUAGAUCGGAUGAUCACUUUGUUCCGGGACUACAAACCUGGAAUUGUUUCGAUUGAAAAUGUGACUCGGCUGUGCCAAACGCUUGGGCUCGAGUCUUUCAUAGAUGAUGUGAACAAUGAAACUCACAGACUCUCAACGGCAUCUAAGAUCAUUGUGGUUGAUAUGGAUUUUAGUAAAAGUGACAAGAAGAUUAAAGAUGUGAAGUUGGUGCUGGCCAGCAAUUUUGAUAACUUCAAUUAUUACGAAAAUGGUGAGGGCGGAAACAUCCUGUUCAAUUCUCUGAACCAGUACGGGGAUCUAGCCGUUUUUCAUCACAAUCUCAAAUUUUUGUCUCUACUCGACACUUACUCGAGCAUUGACUUAGAACACAGCAUUUCGAAUAGAGGAACCACGUUUGAUCUUUUCAAAUAUUUUACCGAAUUAGCGGGCCAUCUGGAAGCCUGCUUGAAACAGAACGGUCUGGGAAAUUUUGAAGUCCUGACAAAUGUGAAUAACGAGUUUGGUAUUUAUUUUCAGUACGAUGGGGCCAUUUUAGGCAAAAUCGUUUUCGAAGAAGCUCAAGAUCCGGAACAGCGCCUAAGCGAGUUCAAGUACGAAGAUUCUGAAUGGGUGAACGUACACUCUCAAAGGCUUACAAGAGGCGUUUGUUUAGCCUUUACGGUCAUUUCCGAUGACAUUCAGUUUCCAUGCGACACAAUUCCCACAGAAAUAGUCCUAGAUGGUGAUAGCGGUCGACCGUUCCAGGUUACAAACAAUUGUCGCACUGUUGAGCUGCAUAACGAUUUCACUUCUGACCUUACUUCCAUCCGAAAAUUCGACGUAUCCAAUGAAAACAUGGAGCUUCUAUCGCAGCUGUUGCUGUGGAUAGACUGGUGGAAAAAAGUUUUGUGUCCCUUAUUCAAACUGCUGCAUGGUUCCCAAAUCGUGCCACAACCAAGACCAUUUGAGAGAAGAUCUUCUUCUACCUCGACAUCGAGCUCUCUGCCAAGAAGGUCUAGUAUAAGCAAACGUCGGCGGUCUUCGGCUAAGGGUAAAGGGCCAUUAGCUGCGGAAUCUACAAUUUUAAAAGAUGAGGGAAUGCAAGAAUUUACACUUCAUGAAAUUUUAGAACAGCCAGUGGUUGAGGAUGAACCCGAAGACGUCAUAGAGCUUGUCAUCAACGAAGAUUAUUUGCAAUGCGAUGGUCUCGGUAGUUGUACUAUUGACGAAGACAGAACCUCGUGGAAUUCUUUUAUAACAAAGUUGGCUUCUAAAAUCGGCUCUUGA